GCGGCGCACGCCUCGCGCCACUCCGACACUUCCGACGCGAGCAAACUUUACUAGCCGUGACUGAGAAUAGUUUAUAGACUGAGAGAAGUUUACCAUUGACUGAGAGAAGUUUACCAUUGACUGAGGAAAGUUUACCUUGAUGUGAAAAUGAGUGACAGUUGACUGUGAUGUGAGAAGUGUGACGGAAUGACAGGCCACCAUCUGCAAUGGCUCCUGGUAGCGGCAUCUCUCGCGCUGGCCGCGAGCUCGGGGGACAAGCGGCCUCACUUCACUGUGGAGCCUCCCCCGCGGGUGCUGUGGCCGGCGACGCGGGGGGCGCACGCGGUGUGCCGCGCCAGUGGACACCCCCAGCCUGAGGUCCACUGGGUGACGGCUGAGGGACAGGUCAUUACUACUAUACCGGGAUUAAGGCACGUACUCAGCGACGGCAAGCUGGUGGUGGGGGCGCGGCGGUCGCUCAUCGACGCCGGCAGCGGCGGCAGCAGCGCCGUGCUGCGGUGCCGCGCCUCCAACAGGGCCGGCGUCACGCUCUCCCGACCGGUGCUGUUGCAGCCAGUGGAAGACAACGUGCUGUCCCACUCCGUCCGGCAGCUGACGCCGGCCAAGCUGGGCGGGUCGGUGGUGCUGCGCUGCGAGCUGUCUCCGCAGUUCGACCUGGCCGACGUCACGUGGCUGCAGGACGGCCUGCCGCUGUCAUCCGGCUACAUCGGCGCAGACACCCGCUGGAUAUCCGGGGCGGGCGGGCUGCUGCUGGGCGCGGAGCUGACGCAGGCGGACAUGCAGGCGGAGUACUCCUGCCUCGCCCUCACUGUACCCAGCCCGCCCUACAAGCUUACUGCUGAUGACAGCAGCUGGUUGGAGAGCGUGGAGCUGACCUCGAUAGAGGCGAAGACGGGCGACACGGUGCUCCUGCCCUGCACUCUGAGACAGUACGGCAAACACACCAUCACUUGGCAGCGACAGGAAGCGAACGGGGUGUGGGUAUCUACGGGGGAGGGUGUGGUGAGGGGAGGGACUCUAGUGCUGCCCAGCGUGAGGUCGCAUCACGCUAUCAGAUACGCCUGCUCGUCGGGACCUGAUGUGUCACCGAGAAUGGUGAUACGGCUUGUCGUGUAUGAGCCACUGUCUGUUUCAGUUACGCCUAAUCCCCUGAUGCUAGGUACCGGUGGCAGUGGUAUUUUUAAUUGCACCGUGCACGGGGGUCGUGGUGGAGGUGUCACACUAAGCUGGCAGCAUGAAGGUCGACCUCUACAUUCUCCACAAUCUCGCUUAACUCUUGGUCCCGUCAGACCACAUCACGUUGGCCUCUACCAGUGCACGGCCUAUGACCAUAUAAACUCAGCUGUAGCUGGAGCUGAAUUAAUUAUUGCAGACAGGCCCCCUCGCUUAGUGUCCACAUUCAGUGAAGCUAUCACUCGAGUCGGUCAGAGCAUUGCAUUCAGAUGUGCCGCCACUGGUAUACCAUCACCACGAAUCAUUUGGACGUUAGACGAUAGACCUUUGCCAUCAGCACCAGAUAAAUACAGUGUAAAUACAAGAGCUGAACCAACUGGCGGUGAAGAUGGUACAAUAGUUUCUACACUUAGUAUAACGAUACGGAGCGCUGAUGAAGGUGGAAGGUACGGAUGUAACGCAACUAAUUCCGGUGGAUCACACGCUCAUCAUGCAAGGCUUAAUGUUUUUGGACCACCGAAUAUAAGAUAUUUACCACCUAUUCACGUAAAAACUGAAGCUGAUGUUAUGGUAUAUUGUCCUUACUCUGGAUAUCCUAUCAAGGAAGUGCUAUGGCGACGAGACGAUGGUACUGUAGUUGAAGGAAUUUUGGAAACGAAUGAUGAUGAUCGUGGAGUGUUAAGGCUACCAUCAAUUAGAGGCACUGUAGCGGGAAGCUAUACUUGUGAAGUGAGAGCUGAAAGUGGAGAGCUGGCAAGAAGGACAGUGAGGAUUGAAGUUCACAAGCCACCAAAAAUCGUACCCUUCCAAUUUCCCGAAGAGCUAGAGGUAGGAGGCAGUACGCAGGCCACAUGUAGUUUGGUUUCUGGAGAUAAGCCAAUACAGUUUACAUGGCACAAGGAUAAUUUACCGAUACCAGCUACCUUGAAGGUAGAACAGAAAAACAUGGAUUUCUUUACCAUAUUAGUCAUUCAAGACUUGACUUCGGCGCACAGCGGAGAAUACUCCUGCAGAGCGACUAACGAUUUCGGCACUGUUACUCACACUUCUUCCUUAACCGUAAAAGAAUUGCCGACUUGGGUGUGGAGGCCACAAAACACUUCGGUAUCUGCCGGCGCCGCAGUGCUACUGCCAUGUUCGGCGAAGGGACAACCACAGCCGAGAAUAUCUUGGGAAUAUUCAACAGAUGGGGAAAACUGGCGCCACAUCCUCUGGGGACAGUCUGAGUCCCCGGACGCUAGUGAAGGAACGAUACUGUCAGAUGGGACGGUCUGGCUGAGAUCAGCUACUCCGGAACACGAGGGCUGGUAUAGGUGUACGGCGCGAGUACAACACUCCUUCCUGCAUCAUUCCUUCUACUUGGAUGUGAGAGAACCGCCGAAGUUAUCUCGCGGCGGUGGUGCAAGUGAGACGAGGUGGGUGGUGAGGGGUUCCGUCGCGAGGCUGACGUGCACGGUCCGCGGGGAACCGGAGAUACACAUGCACUGGACACACGACUCCCGACCGCUGGCGUUGCAUGGUUCCGGCGGCGUGGAGAUGCGCGAUAUCGGUAACGGUGCGAUGACGUCGGAGAUCACGAUCGCGGCCGCCGGGCCGGAGCACGCGGGCGAGUACCGCUGUCUCGCCCGCAACCUGUACGGCAGCGAUGAGCUGCUGUUUAGACUGUUUGUUAAAGAACGUCCGAACAUACCCGAAGAAGUGCGAAUCUCCGAAGUAUGGUCUCGCAAAGCCCGCGUCACCUGGCGAGUAGCCCGCGGUGCGAUGGUCUCCCACUACUCCCUGCAGUAUCGUCCCCUGACCCGUGACCUUGGGGACGAACCGCUAAACGCUCCGCUCCCCGCUCUGCUCGGCAAUUGGGACACACCCGACGUCAUGAACAUUACGCUCGCUAAUUCUGACUUACUACAUAUACCGUCCGAGGGGCCCAGUCGCGCCGGGGCCUCAGUGGCCGGUCUAGCCCCCGACACCAGAUACGUACUCAGACUUGCCGCCUUCAACGACGUGGGCGCCUCACCGCAUACGCCUCCGCUACAGUUCACGACUCGGGAAGAAGCACCUGGAGGGAUUCCACGUGAUAUCACCGUGAGAGCGCUGAGGGCAAGAGAGCUCCAAGUCACAUGGCAGGCCCCGCCGCGAGAAACUUGGCACGGGAGCCUUCUCGGCUACACUAUACGAUGGUGGGAGGCGACAGAAGAGGGCAAAGCGCUGAGCGACAACGGUUCCGAGAGCGGGGCAAGUGCGGACGCGACGAGCACUACUCUACGGGGCCUCAAGGCGGCCACGCGGUACGGAGUCACGAUCCGCGCCUACAACGCGGCUGGAUCCGGCCCUGUCUCGCCCCCACACUACCGACACACAUUGGAGUCACCGCCUACUGGUGGUCCCGAGAACCUAUCCUGCAUGUCGGGCAGUCCCACAUCGUUGCGGGUGUCAUGGCGGCCGCCGGCGGUGGAGGCGCGCGGGGGGACCAUCACACACUACACCCUGCAGUACACCAGGCUGGACUCCGAUCCGCUCCAGCCUGCGCAGGACGCGCAUUUGAGGGUUCAGGGUGAGGAAGCAACAGUGUCUCGUUUGACGCCGUACGCAGAGUACGAGCUAAGGGCGCGUGCACACAACGCCGCGGGGGAGGGGCCGCUGUCCCCCCCGCAGGUGUGCAGGACCGAUGAGGAUGUACCGAGCGCGCCGAGCGGCAUGAAACUGAUAGCGCUGAGCGAGCGCUCGCUGCGAGCGUCCUGGCUGCCCCCGCACGAGCCUAAUGGAAAACUAACACACUACUCGCUCUACGUUAAAGAUCUGUCGGGAUCUCAAGAAGCAAACAUCACUCGCAUCAAUGCGUGUACUGAGAGCGAAGGUGCUGUGGAAUGUAUGAAGUCGCUCCGUGGUCUCCGGCCUGGUAGGACGUAUGAGGCCUGGGUCAGAGCGGCUACUGGUGUGGGUGAAGGACCACCUUCAUCCGUGGUGGCUUGUCAGACUAGUGCUUUGGCGCCAGCUCGUAUAUCCUCAUUCGGUGGAGUAGCGGUAGGUGCAGCGGGCAGUUCCCUGUCUCUACGCUGUGUGGUGGGCGGAGUACCACCUCCUGCGAAACGCUGGCUGCGAGGAGGAAGCCCGCUGCAGCCGCGCUCGCCUUUCCACUUGGAUGGAGACGCGCUGCUUAUACGAAAUCUGGAGCUCUCCCACGCGGACAACUACACCUGCCUAGCGGAGAACCCUCACGGCUCCGACAGUGUGACCUGGAGGGUGUUCGUCCUUCGACCUCCUACUCCGCCUGGGCUGGCGCUGUUGGAGGCGAGAUCGAGAGAACUAGAGAUCGACCUUCGACCAGCACCGAGGUCGCCAGGUCAUGCGUUGCCGAAGGCGUAUACGCUGCAUUGGAGAUUGGCUUCACCUGAGGGUGAAUGGCGUAUACAAUCAGCGAGUCCCGGACCGGUGACCCUCAGUGGAUUACGGUGCGGGUCCGCGUACCGCGCGUACGGUUCCGCCGGCGGCGCGCCCGGCUCCGAGAUAUCGAUACGGACGUCCGGCGGACCGCCCGUAGCGCCGCCUGAUACAAGGUGGAUCCGUGCGAACGCGACACACGCGCGGUUCGAUACGACGCUGUGGUCGGACGGCGGGUGCGGGCCGGUCGCACUCAAGCUGGAGUGGAUCGGCUCCGGCGCGACCGGCGCCAGGGACGUGCCCGUAGGUGGUGAGGUUAUAUUGGGAGGUCUGACCCCCGGUUCCCGGUACCGCGUGGCGGCGCGCGCGUCCAACGAGGCGGGUUGGACGCGCGAGGUGUACGAGUUCUCCACUACCCCAGCUGAAGGGUAUGCGGAGGAGGUGGACGCGCCCUUCCCCGCCACUGCUGGUGAACUGGCGCUGCUGUUAGCGCUCUGUGCGGCGCUGUCUGUUGCUGCACUAACCAUACUAGCCAUACUGCUGAGGAGAAAGAGUAGUGAGGGCGGCGGUGACCGCGUGAUGGCGAGCGCGGACAAGCAGCAGUGCGGCACCUACCGCGCGCCCGCGCAUCCCACGCCCAAACUGCCGCCAGAACCUCCUGAUGUGUACGAGAUCAGCCCGUACGCGACGUUCGCCGGCGGGGAGGGUCUGUCCGGCGGCGGCGCGCGCGCGUACACGCUGCAGCUGCGGGCGCUCGCACGACACGACGACGACGCCGCGCCGCCCGCGCGCCCGCCCUGCUGCGAAGAAGAGACGUGUUUGGACGCAUGCGAUGCUCAAAGGAGGCGACGACGCCGGCGACACUACUGCCCAGACCACGCAGGUUGUUCACAAGACUCGGGAAGUUGAGAGGUUCACUGCCAAGACGUUUAGUGCAAAAUAUCUAGUCAUUAUUAACAUUAUUAGCAAAUUCAAUACAUGUUAAUGUAUACAAACAUUUUUAUAAUAAUAUUGUCUAUUUAUA